CGCGAACAAUCGUUAGCGCUUCUUCUGCAUCAAUUUACUUCGAAUAUGUGUUAAUUCCUCAAAUAUGAGUUAUGUAAGUGUUGGAGAUUUAGUUUUAGUACACGAAGAGCCAGGAAUUGUUCGCUUUACGGGGAGUACCAAGUUCGCGUCUGGAAUCUGGCUCGGCGUGGAAAUGAUUGACAAAAUUGGAAGACAUGAUGGAUCAGUUCAAGGGAAACGUUAUUUUACGUGUGAAGAAGGAAAAGGAUUAUUUAUAAGAGCGUGUUCAAGUAGUGUUAGAAAAAAAACAGGGAAAACUCGAGUAAUAUCUGAUGGGAAAAAAGCUAAAUCUUUGGAAAAGGGUACUCCAACAAAAUCUUCACAUAAUGCCAAGGAAAGUCGAUUUAUAAAAAGUAGCUUACAAGGAAAAGAUGUUAAAAAACAACCCUUUCCAAGCCUGACUGUGUCCACACCUACGAAAACUGAUGGCUCAAACAUAUCAACACCUUUUCUUGAUCUCACAGAUGAUUCUGAAACCACAUUAAUUUCAAUUGGAAGCGAUUCAUUAGACAAUACUCCGAUAAACGAAAAUUUUGAAAGUGAUAAAAGUGCAUCCAUUGAUUUUCCCAAUUAUCACAAAUCAACUCCUCAUUUGUUAAGAGAAAAGAGCACGAUAACUGAGAGCAAUAUAAAGUUUCAAUUAAAACUUGAAAUAGAAACAUUGCGCAAAGAAUUGAAUGAAGCUGAUAAUAGUUUACAUUAUUACAAAGCGUCCUACAAUAAGGCUAAUGAGCAAAUCAAAGAAAGGGAUAUAAAGUUAGAAGAACUUCAUAGGGAGCAAGAAAUGAACUCGGCAUGGAAAAAAAUACGUCCGAAACUUCAAAAAAAGAUGCUUUCUAUGCAAGAAGAAAUUGAAAAAUUAAAGCAACAACUUAAAAGUUUUAAAAUUCAAAGUCAAGGAAUUGCAACUGUGUCUAAUGAUUCUGAAAGUACUAAUGCAUAUGAGCUUCUUAAAGAGAAGCUGAUUACAGAAAAGCCUACGGAUACUUCAGCAAAGUGUGAAAACGGAGAGCAAAUCCAAACUAAUGAAGAUUACAUAUGUUUAAUUGAAGAAUUAAGAAAGGAAAAUAUUGAGCUGAAAACGCAACUUGAAGAUCUUCAACUUUUAAAAGAACUAUCUGAUGAAAUAGAACGGGAUCAAUUUGAGAAAAUAACCUCUUUGGAGAAAGAAAACCAACAAAAAGGCGAUCUUCUUGCAAUGCUCGAGAAUGCUUUUUCUCAAGAGGUGGAAAAUCUUCGUGGACAAAAACAGCUAACCGGGCUAGCAAAUCGUGAAAGAUUUUGUUCAAGUGAAUCUGAAACAAGUGAAACUAUUGGACUUGCACUGGGAGAUGUUCAUAAUCUAGUAGACGCGAUACGAGAAUGUUACGGGAUCGCAUUCAACAAUUUACAAAAAUUUUAUCUAGACGAAGAAUCUAGCGAUAUCCUUGAAGUUUCGUUUAAGAUUUCUUAUAUCCAGAAUAUCUCUUUGUGUUUAAGUGAAAGUAUGUACGGUAAAAUUAAUCGCACUGAAGGUAGUUGUCGACAAGUUCUCCCAGGGUUUAUCGAGCAAUGGUACUAUACUAUUUCAGUUGCCCAAUGGAGCGAAUGGUUAAUUGGAUUUACUUGUGAGAAUGGAGUGAAAGCCUUACUUUCUGAUGCACUUUUGAAAGAUACCAUAAUUAGCAUUUUCUGUUUACUUGAUGUCUAUGCGAAGAAUCCUGGUGAGUCUACACUAGAAAAUCUUCAAAAAAGUUGGAAACAAGUUGACAAUUGGGUGAAGACCCGAACUGAUGCGGAUCACCUUGACCCUUAUAAUGAGUAUAACCGUUGUAAAGAGUUGUUAGAUUCCAUCUUAAUUGUUGAUAUGUUUAUUUCAAAAGCCGAUCUGUGUCAGAAUGAUGAUGUGAAUCGCGUACCAACUGAAAUGACCGAGAUAGGAGAUAUGAGCGAAGACAUACGGCUAUUUUUACGACAAAAAAACAAGGCUAGAAAGGUUUUUUUUCCAAAGGAGAAAAUAAUAUCCAUGGAUUUUUCGUCCUUGGCAGAAGAACUUUUCUUGAAACCUCAAUGUCAAGAGUCGGAUACCCAGUAUACUUCUUCGCAAAUUAUAGAUAAUUGGUUGAAAAAUUUUCAAGAAAUUAAAAGAAGCUUUCGCGAAUUUCAAUUUUGCAUGUCUGAAAAGGAUGAAGCAGUUUUUGUUGCUACUGACCUCCAUUGCUUUUGGGACAUUGUUAUGAAGUCUAUGCCUUCUAUGGAAUAUGUGAAAGAAAAUGCCUCACUUAAGCUAGUAUGUUCGGAGAAGAAUGAGCUUAUUAAUCACUUAAAAAUUCAGAUUGAAAGAUUGGAUAAGCAGGUAUUACAGAAGGAAGAUUUAAAGGAAAAGAUUCACCAGUAUGAACUUGUGGAAAAGGAACUUCGCGAAGAGUUAUCUAGAGCAAAAAGUGAUGAGAAAGACGCACAUGACGUUGAUGUCCUUAUGAAGAUGGAGCUUGAAAAGAAGCAAUUAAAAGAUAUGUUUAAACAAAAUGAACUGGUCAUUCACGUGAAAUUUCAAGAAAUAGUCAGAAAAUUAAAACAAGAUUUAAACGAAGCUAGGAAGGAGAUACUGAAUGUUAACUUGAACCAAGAGGAAGACUAUGAAUGGUUAUUUAUGCCUUUAAGCCAUGAAAAGUUUGUUGCGAGGGAUGACUAUGCUAGGAUUCCACAGCAAUUAAAUGCUUUUGCGUCUCAAAUGAAACCCAUUUCGUUGAAUCGUUACUCCCAAUCAAAAGGAAAGUAAAAAAUACAGAAUACAAAAAAAAAAAAAAAAAAAAAAAAAAAGGUAAAGAAUUGACUAGAAGGUGUUAAUCAUAAGCUGAGUACUUAUUUGUUACAGGUUAAUAUUGUUAUUUUUAUAACAUGACUUAUUUAAGAUGUAUUGGGAGAAGUAAAGGUAUUGAGAGAAAUAAAGAGAAUUCAAUAAUUUUCAAGAGCAAAAGUAAUCUUGUUGAAACUUCUUAAUUAUUAUUACAUGACCAACAUAUUAAGAUGAAUUUAAAUGCAAAUACUUUGGGAGGAAGAGUUUGAUUGUUAUGGUUUUGUUUUUCUUUUUCUAUAGAAU